AUGGACUCCGAUAUGGAGAAUGGCGCCGACCACAAGCCAGAAAAGUCCAGGUCCUGGCUGGCCAGGUUGCAGCAAGACGUCACCCUCACCCACGCCGACAUUCCCAUCCUGGCAUGCUGCUCCGUCUCGGGCAUCUGCGACAGUGUUGCGUUUUCGGGCGCCAACGUCUUUGUGUCAAUGCAAACGGGCAACACGCUCUUCCUAGCCCUGGGCGCCGCCCGCAUCCCCGCCGACGAACCCAAGCUCUGGAUCAAGUGCCUGGCGUCCAUGGCGGCGUUUUGGCUGGGCUGCUUCGUGUUCUCGCGCGUCUCCCGCCUCCUCGGCCCGCGGCGCAGGUCGAGCCUGGCGCUGCUCUUCCUGAUGCAGGGAGCGCUCAUCUGCGUGGCGGCGGCGCUGGCGCAGACCAACACGGCGCCGACGUUUGGGCAGACCUUUGUCGGCACUGAGCGCGCGACCUCGAUCCACGGCCUCGAGGACGACAUGUUUGUGUGCCUGCCCAUCGCGCUGCUCGCGUUCCAGUUCGGCGGCCAGAUCGUCGCGAGCCGCGCCCUCGGCUUCAACGAGGUGCCGACCACGGUGCUGACCUCGGUCUACUGCGACCUCUUCUCGGAUCCCAAGAUCCUGGCCCCGCUCGGGGAGAACGUCAAGCGGAACAGGAGGGCGGCCGCCGUCGUGCUGUUCAUCUGUGGUGGUAUCGUCGGUGGUCAUCUCCAGCGCUCGGCUGGCGGCAUGAGCGCGGCGCUGUGGCUGGGGUGCGGCAUCAAGCUCGUCAUUGCGCUGGCUUGGUCGCUGUGGAAGGGUGAGGAGACGACUGAGGAGAAGAAGUGA